AUGAUAUUCACGCUUCGGCGAGUCUCGCUUUUGUCUCUUCGGGUUGGUCUUAGAAAGAGUCGGGCAGGUCGCGCGCCGCACACAGAGAUCGCCCCGGCCCCCCACUUGCGCUUCGCGGGCUCCCCCCUGGCCGCGGUAGCGGCGGCGGCGGCCGCCGUCGCCGCCCUCUCCACCCCCCCGCCGGCGACAGCAUCAAGUGCUUCCGGCUCUGCUGUGCCGCCGUCUGCUAAUAAUCCCGAGGCAGGAGCCGCAGACGCAGCUACAGCGGCGGCGGCGGCGGCGGUAGGGCGCAGCGGAGUCUCCUCAACAGGAGGCAGUGUCCGCGGUAUCGGAGAAUCCCCCCGAGCGCUUGCUGCGCACGCUCUGACGGCGUUCCGCGCCCCGGGGUCGGGAGGCGGUGCCGCCGCCGCCGUGCCCUCGGCGACGGGGUCGAAUCUUGCCGCGAAGCCGGCGGCGGCGGCGGGGGCGGGGGCCGCGGCAGCAGACGGGCCGGGGGGCGCGACGGCCGCCCCGGCGUCUGGGGGAGGGAUGGGCGCGAGGGGGGUCAUCGGGGGUGACCCCGGCGGUGGCGGCGGGCUGACGCCUCUGGCUCUUGCGCAGCUGGCUUCCGCUAGUCCUCGCUUCCAGCUCGCUGCGCUGGGCUUGUUGCCGGCAGCCUACGGCGGGGGCGGCGCGGGGGGGGNNNNGGCGCGGGGGGGGGUGGUCAUGUCCCUCCCCCUCGCCCCCCAGGUCUCCAUGCUAGGGCAGGCCAGCCAAGAACAAGAGCACCGCGCGGCGGAGCCGUCCGCGGCCGGUGCCGGUGGCGAGCAGCAGCAGCUCGAGGAUAUUGCCGCCAUCGGUGACGUGGCGGCUGAGGCGGCCGCUGGCAACGGCGCCGAAGGGAAGCCCCUCAUUCCCCCGUCCAUGCUCCUGGCCGCUUUCUCGCAAGACCAAGCCGCGGUCGCGGCUUCAGAGGCGGUGGAAGCCGGCGCCGCGGCCGCUCCCGCGCCCCUGCCCAUGGAUGCCGGAGCGACUGGAACGGGGGCGACGGUGGCAACAGCAGCGGCCGCAGGCGGGGGGGGCGAAGUGCCGGUGGAACAGCUUCCCCUCAGGUCCCCAUCCCAGGGGCUGAACCUGCUGCUGCUGUCACAGGAGCUGCAGGAGGCGGCCGGAACGCCGAGGCCCUCCGCGGGGGGGGCGGUGUCUUCAAAGAAGUGCACUACCGAGCGGAGUGGGUCGAGCGAGAACGGGCGGGGGAGGGAGGCGGGCUCCAAGCCCGCGGGCCCGAAGCCGGUGAGCCCCAAGCUGGCGAGCCCCAAACCGGCGAGCUCCAGGCCAGCGGCGGUGGCGGCGGCGGCGGCCUCACGGCCUUCUUCCUCCACCGCCUCCCGGUCUUCUUCCUCGCCGGAAUGCUGCUGUUGUUGCGGGGGGGGGGGGNCCUCAUGCGACAGGUGCACGAUGCGCAAGAUCAAGUGCGACGGGAGGGAGGGCAAGUGCCAAAGGUGCGACAGAGAUAACCAGUUCUGCCACUACAGCCUCAAGUCCAAGUCAGGCCCCAAGCCCAACUCCAUCCGCAGGAAGUCGUCGCCUAGGUCCCCAAGGGAAGAGAGUCGUCCCUCACCCUUAUCCUUAGCCAAUCUACCGCCGGGUCGAAUCCGCGGCGCCCCCGGUAGGGCGGCACCGCCUCUGACUUCGAGGCCUUCUCCGGCGGCGAGGUCCUUGGCGACGGCAACAGGCUCGAUGAGACUGGCAGGGGCAGAUCCGCGAGCCAACGGUAUCACGGGUGUGCGGUCGGGGAACCUGGGCAACGCAAGAGCGAUGGAGCUGCUGCCGCCGCCGCCGCCGCCGCUGCCGCACGAAACGGCACCAGUAGCAUCAGCGGUGGCAGCGGCGGCGGGGACGUCCAAGGCGGCACCCGUAGUAUCAUCGGGCGCGACCACCGUGCCACUGGAGGUGGCAUCCGUCGUAACGGCGGCGGCGGCGGCGGCGGCGGCACCCACCGCGGCGGCACAAGUGAUAACGCCCACGGUGCCGACGGCGAGCGGAGGACAACCCGCUGCAGCAGCGGCAGAGGGGACCGGUGCCCCAGAUGGAGCCGCAAGGGGGCCAGCGGAUAGCGGCACUGUUGUUGUCGGUGGUGCCGCGGAGCCUCGUGUCCCCGUCGGCGCCGUUGCUGAUACAUCGGAGGCCGGUGGCAGGGGGAGCGCCGGUGCCGGCGCGGGUGUUGGUGUCGGUCGCGGCAUGUUUUCCUCCGCUACCGGUAUGGACGGGGGCGGCGGUGGCGGAGGAGGAGGAGGAAGAGGAAGAGGAGCCAUGGCUGGGCCUGGUUCCGCGAAGGGUCACAACGAGGCGGUGGAAGCCUCGAGGAAAACUGGUAUGGUCUUCUGAGUUAUGUGGCUAGAAGACAGCAUGAAGCUCGUUGCAGCCCAUCAAAUCGAGGACACGAGGCUCUUUUAGGUCUUCAGUCGGGAUGGGGAUUGGUGUCGUCUGCUUGGGUGUGGU